CCUACAGCAUGACGCGUUGAAUUUUUUGCUUCAGUGUAUAUCUUGUUCCGUCGUCUUUCUAGGACUUGUCCAUCAGCAUUCGUCUCCCUUGACUCUUCUCUGCUAUCUCCUCCAUGGUAUCUCGUGGUUCAAUCUCAGCCAGUCAUUUUAGACUGUGUUGCAUUUCUAGAACCAUGAAGCAUCCAAAUUGUGUGCCAUUUGGUAAAUUCAACUCAACCAGAUAUGAAUAUAAGAUGCCGUCCAACCCAUCCCAUUGCACAUACAACUUCAAAAGGCAAUAUGAAUUUUCUCCUUUCAUUCUGCUUUUGCCUCUGCGUUUCUCGUUUGCCAUCCUUCGCAACUCCAGCUGUGUUAUUUCAGGGGUUCAAUUGGGAUUCAAGUAAAAAAGGAGGAUGGUACAAUUCCCUCAAGACCACCAUUCCCGAACUCGCUAGCUCUGGAAUUACCCAUGUCUGGCUUCCUCCUCCUUCUCACUCUAAUGCAACUGAGGGAUACGACCCGGGAAGGCUAUACGAUCUCGAUGCAUCAAGCUAUGGAAAUAAGGACGAAUUGAAGUCCCUGAUUGCUACAAUGCAUGAGAAGGGAAUCAAAGCCAUCGCUGACAUUGUGUUAAACCACAGAUCAGCUGUCAAACAAGACGAGAAUGGAAUAUGGAGCAUCUUUGAAGGUGGAACGGAAGACGGACGUCUUGACUUCAAUGCCUCAUUGAUCUGCAGAGAUGACAAUGACCAUCCUUUUGGAACUGGAAAUCCAGACACAGGGGACAACUUUCCUUACACUGCUGAUGUGGACCACACCAAUCCAAGGCUACAAACCGAGCUCUCUGAUUGGUUGAAUUGGUUGAAAACUGAUAUAGGGUUUGAUGGAUGGAGGUUGGAUUAUGUGAUUGGAUAUGGCUCCAGCUUCACCAAGCUCUACAUGGAAAAGACUUCACCAGAAUUUGCAGUUGCUGAGUAUUGGCGUUGGAACAUAUCAAAAGGGCAGGAUGGCAAACUUGACAAGAACCAAGAUGCACAUAGGAAUGAAAUAGUGAAUUGGAUCGAGGCUGCUGGUGGCGUUGUCACGGCGUUCGAUUUGACAACCAAGUACAUCUUGAAUGUUGCUGUGGAGGGUGAGCUAUGGAGGCUCAAGGAUUCUAAUGGAAAACCACCAGGGUUGAUUGGGAUCAAACCAGAAAGUGCUGUAACAUUUAUUGACAAUCAUGACACUUGGUCUCAGGGACUUUUGCCUUUCCCAGAUGACAAAGUCCUGCUUGGAUAUGCUUACAUUUUCACCCAUCCUGGGACCCCAAGCAUAUUCUAUGAUCACUUCUUUGACUGGGGGUGGCCAAAGGAGCCUAUACGCAAUUUGACUGCAAUUAGGGCAAGGAAUGGAAUAAAUUCCGGGAGCAGUGUGACUAUUUUAGCUGCAGAGGCUGAUCUAUAUAUGGCCAACAUUGAUGACAAGAUUAUCAUGAAGAUAGGGCCAAGAUCGGACCUUGGAGACCUUGAUCCCACAAAGUCAAACUUCCAUGUUGCCACCAGUGGACAAGACUUCGCUGUUUGGGAGAAAAAUUGAACUAGAAAGAAGAAAGCUUGUUUCGCUUAUGCAUUAGAAUAAGCCCUAUUCAGGAUAUUGUAACUUAAAUAAACAAUUAACGGGGUCUAGUCCAUUGUAAAAGGGGUUUGAUUUGCAGAUCAGUGGUCUCAAGUUUAAACCCUAAUGACACCUUGAUAGUGAGUACAAGAA